UUAUCUUAAUCAAUAGUCAUCCCAUCUCAAGAAGAUCACAAUCGUCAAAAAUCCAAAUCCAGACAUUGACACGCUUCCCCAUAGUAACUCAUUAUCUGUCAAGACAGCAACGACUUCAAUGUAUCUGCCCAUGCUUGGCUUCUUCUUCAUUCAUAAAUCCCUAAUUGACUCCCAUUGACUGAAAGAAAACUUCCUAUUGACCCCUCCGAAUCUGGAUUUUAUCUAACCCUUGAUUUCUCUCUCUAAAAGGAAAGGAAUGGCGGACUGGGGUCCUGUGUUGGUGGCGGUGGUGCUGUUCGUGCUGUUGACGCCAGGGCUAUUGUUCCAGAUGCCGGGUCGAAACAGGGUGAUUGAGUUCGGGAACAUGCAAACCAGUGGUGCUUCCAUUCUGGUCCACGCCGUCAUCUACUUUGGCCUCAUCACCAUCCUCCUCAUCGCCGUUGGCGUCCACAUCUACGCCGGCUAAUUACCCUUCAUUUCUCUAUUUAUCACAUCGAUCUGCUCUUAUUUUUGUUGUUGAUUCGGAACUUUGCUUCGAAUUUUUUUUUUAAAAUUAGGCAUUGUGUAAUUGUUUUCUGGAAUUUAUAGAUGUUGGAGAUACAUUGGAGAUAAGUAAGCUUGUGAAUGUCAAAUGAUCCUUAAUAGACUAGAUCUUGGAGA